CGCCCCCGGCUCCGCGGCCGCGGUCGGGCCUCGCCCCCCGCACUGCGCUCUGGGACAGGUGGCCGCGGGGGCCCCAAAGAGCUCAGCUCCGCAUCCCCGGAGACUCCGAAGGCGAGGGCCCUGUGCUCACUCCUGCCUGGCUUCAGUUGGCGCUCCUGCGAGAACAUGGUGCAGAAGUACCAGUCUCCCGUCCGCAUCUACAAGUACCCGUUCGAGCUGGUCAUGGCGGCCUACGAGAGGCGCUUCCCCACCUGCCCGGAGAUCCCGGUGCUGCUGGGCAGCCAGGUGCUGCGCGAGGCCCGCAGCGCCGACGGCGCGGUGCACGUGGUGGAGCGGAGCUGCAGGCUGCGCGUGGAGGCCCCGCGGCUGCUGCGCAAGAUCGCCGGCGUGGAGCACGUAGUCUUCGUGCAGAGAAACGUGUUGAACUGGAGGGAAAGGACGCUCCUCAUCGAUGCGCAUAACGAGACCUUCGCCAGCCGCGUGGUGGUCCGCGAGAACUGCAGCUACGCGGUCCACCCCGAGAACGAAGACUGGACAUGCUUUGAGCAGUCGGCCUCGCUCGACAUCCACUCCUUCUUUGGGUUUGAGAGCGCCUUGGAGAAGAUCGCCAUGAAGCAGUACACGGCCAACGUCAAGAGGGGGAAGGAGGUGAUCGAGCAUUACCUGCACGAGCUCGUCUCCCAGGGCAUCUCUCACAUCCCCCGGUGGACACCUGCCCCCGUCCGAGAGGAGGACGCUCGCGCCCAGGCUGGGCCCAGGGAUCCUGGCUCCCUGGAGGUCGGUGGGCCCAGCAACCCCCCCACCCCCGCUCCGGAGACGGUCGGUCUGGACGGGGACAAGCUGGACGUGGACUACAUCGAGAGGCGCCUGGGCCACCUCACGCCCGUGCAGGAGAGCUGCCUGAUCCAGCUUCGCCAGUGGCUGCAGGAGAACCACAAAGGCAAGAUCCCCAAAGACCAGCACAUCCUUCGGUUCCUGCGGGCUCGUGACUUCCACCUGGACAAGGCCCGGGAGAUGCUGUGUCAGUCCUUGAGCUGGCGGAAGCAGCACCAGGUGGAUCUUCUUUGCCAGACCUGGCGGCCCCCCGCUGUCCUGGAGGAGUUCUAUGCGGGCGGCUGGCACUACCAGGACGUAGACGGCCGCCCCCUGUACAUCCUGCGUCUGGGCCACAUGGACACCAAAGGCUUGAUGAAGGCCGUGGGGGAGGAGGCGCUGCUGUGGCACGUUCUCUCCGUCAACGAGGAAGGACAGAAGAGGUGUGAAGGGAACACGAAACAGUUUGGCCGUCCCAUCAGCUCCUGGACCUGCCUGGUGGACCUGGAGGGUCUCAACAUGCGGCACCUGUGGCGGCCGUGGGUGAAGGCCCUGCUGCGGAUGAUCGAGGUGGUCGAGGCCAACUACCCCGAGACCCUGGGCCGGCUGCUCAUCGUGCGCGCCCCCCGUGUCUUCCCUGUGCUCUGGACGCUGAUCAGCCCCUUCAUCAACGAGAACACCAGGCAGAAGUUCCUCAUCUACAGUGGCAGCAACUACCAGGGCCCGGGCGGCCUGGUGGACUACCUGGAGGAGGAAGUCAUCCCCGACUUCCUGGGCGGGGAGUGCCUGUGUAAUGUCCCUGAAGGAGGACUGGUCCCCAAGUCCCUCUAUCUGACGGAUGAGGUGCAGGAGCACGCGGACCAGCUGAGGCAGUGGAGAGACACCUACCAGUCGGCCAGCGUGCUCCGCGGGGCGCCCCAUGAGGUCGAGGUGGAGAUUCUGGAGGGGGAGUCGGUCAUCACCUGGGACUUCGACAUCCUACGAGGGGACGUGGUGUUCAGCCUGUACUACACCAAGCGAGCAGCCAGGCCGGGCCCCCGGGAGCCCGGAGCCAGGGCCGGCGGGCAGCUGACGGACAAAGGCUGGGUCCUGGGCUCAGAGUACAGCCGCGUGGAGGCUCCCCUUGUCUGCCGGGAAGGGGAGAGCAUCCAGGGCUCCCACGUGACCCGGUGGCCCGGAGUCUACUUGCUCCAGUGGCAAAUGCACGGCCCCCCCGGCCACGUGGCCUGCAGCCUCCCGGGCAUGGAGGACGUCUUGACGGCUCUGCAUAGCCCCGGCGCCAGGUGCAAACUACUCUACUACUACGAGGUGCUGGCUUCCGAAGACUUCAGACUGCAGGCUCCCCAAGGAUGCCCGUUGCUGUUUCUCCAGAAGGUUCACCCCGUGCACGCAGAGCGGAGUGGGCGUCGGGAUAAUUCCCUGGGACCUUCCCUUUCGGAAACUGCUUGUGUUUUGGGGGCAAAUCCGCUCCCCUGGAAGAGUGUCCUUCCCAGGGGCGUCUGCUCAACUGGCUGGAGCGCGUUCUGCCCGUGGGCGGACAGAAGCGGGGUUUGAGACUCUGUCACCCCCCUGCAGCCUUUGGGAUCUCUCCCCCGUCAAAUGAAUGGUUCAGUGACAGUGUGAUUCCUCCCCUCACGGUCUGUUUCAGCCAGGAAAACACGCCGUCUCUUGUCGACCUGAUCGUUUGCUCCGCCCAGAGGCA